GUGCUCUCCGCAUUGAUAGCUUUUACUACGACGGCGCUGCACCGGGCGUCUAACUCCACGGCGGCGCUGUCGCCGGAUCGCUAGCCCGCCUCUCGCCGCUGCGCUUCGUCGCGCCCUACGCCGGCGCAUCGGUUGAGAUGAGCCUCGCCGGACAGAUGACAUGGAGCGAGGGCAUUCAGACGCUCUCGCUCUGGUGCGAGACGAUGGGCAUGGACAUGGCCUCGAUUCCGCUCCCGCGCCCGCCGUGCUCCGCCACCUCGGCCUACAUCGGCGCAACCGGCGAGCUCUCGCGGCUCAACCACGGCGUCCGCGGGCGGAUCACCAUUGUUGACGACUGCAGCUUUGUCAUUGACGGCUUUUCCUAUGACGGCGCGGCGCCACAGACCCAGAUUCUGGUAGCAGCGUCGGGCGCGCCCUCCGACAUCGCGUCGGGCGUCCAUGCUUCGGGCCCGAUCGGCUCGGCACUGGCGGGCGCAAACUCGCUGUUCUUCAGGCUCCCAGGCAGUGCGACGUUCUGCGAUGACAUGACCUUUAUCUCGGUCUGGUGCGUUGCCGUGGGCGUCGACUUUGGCUCGGUCUCGCUUGCCGAGUUUGAGCUCCCGGACUCCAGCGCGAGCGGGAGCGGAAGCACCGGCGGAGGCGCCGACUUUAGCGACUUUGCCUCAUGCACGCCGCUCGUUCCGGGUGCGAUCAACCUCUACUGGCGGCUACACGAGGCCGAGGGCGUUGUCGAGUACGGGAUGGAGGGCGAUCUCAAGGACGGCGAGUGGUUUGGCUUUGGCUUUGCCGAUCCCGCGCUUGGCCGGGUGGCCAUGGUCGGCGCCGACGUCACGCUGGUGGGCCACGCCGCCGACGGCACUCCCUUUGCCCUCGACUACUUUCUCGAGUCGCAGCGGCAGUGCAACUAUGCCGAUGAGCGCAAUGCCGGUGUCUGCCCUGAUUCUCAGCAGGACGCGCAGCUUAUCUUUGCCGAGACAGCCGGGGGCGUCUCGCGGUUCCGCUGGACCAAGCCGAUCGACGGCGGCGCGGCCGACGCGUGGGACGUUGACGUCGACGUAACGGCCGACGCCUCAAUCGUAUGGGCUCGCGGCCCACAGGCGCCUGACGAUGGAACGGGCGAGGUCAAGAUCCUCAAGCAUCUCGGCAGCAACCGCGCUCAGGAUCCGCUCACCCUGCGGCUGGCGUCUUCGUUCCCGCUCGCCUCGUGCGCGCCUAUCGAGGUCGGCGGAGGCGGAGGUGGGGGAGGGACCGGAGGCGGGGGUAGCGGAGGGAGCGAUGGCACCCUCGGCGGGGUGACGACCAUCGAGGUCAAGCUGGGCAACAAUCCCAACUAUCCCAACCCGCCUGCGUGGGGCAUCUCGUACCACCUCAACGGCAUCGAGUCGCCGGUGCUGUACGUCGUCCGUGGGACCGAGUACACCUUCCGCGUCAUGGCAAGCUCGGAUCACCCAUUGUACAUCACCUCCUCGAUCGAGGGCGGGCGAUCUGAGGCCGAUGAGGUCGUCUACGCCGGAUCGGCCGACUCGUGGGGCACCGUCGCCUCGCCGGCGACUGUCACCUGGACGCCCGAUGCCUCCACCCCGGACCUGGUCUACUACCAGUGCUGGUCACACCUCCGCCUCGGCUGGGAGAUCGUGGUCAGCGAGCCUCCGGUCCUCCCGCCGGGCUUCCCCGACGCGAGUCGCUUUGAUCACGUCCGCAUCCUGGUCUCCGAGCCGGAGCUCAAGCUGUACUGGACGGCCGAGGCGGGCGUGCUCGACUUUCAGGUCGAGGGCGCGUACCGCGGAUGGAUCGGCCUCGGGCUGAGCUCCAGCGGCGGCAUGACCGAGUCGGACGUGUGGGUCAUGUGGGUCGAUCACGUCAACUGCGCCGCAGGCUGCGCUCACGACUACUCGGUCGGCGCCAGCUACGGCGUGCCGACGCUUGACACCGCAAACAAUCUCGAGGUGGUCGGCGGCGCGCAGAUUGGAGGCAAGACCAUCGUCCGCGCCCGGCGCGCCUUUGACACCGGCGACGUUGCAGGCGACAUGGUCAUCCCCGCCUCGGGCGAGGUGACCCUCAUCUUUGCCGCCCGCGCCGCAGGCUACCCCAUCACUCCCGCUGCGCUUGCCAAGCACGACGCCGGGACCAACGGAGCAGUCGAUUUGCAGCUGCUUACCGGCGGCAGCGGUGAGGCCUGCCCAGCCAACUGCACCUCGCUCGAUCACGGGCUCUGCACGCCGACCGGGUGCGCGUGCAGGCCCGAUUGGGUCGGGCGCGACUGCGCAACGCCAGCAACGGUCGUCCUCGACUCGGCGGACAUUGCGCCGGGCUAUUACACCUUUGCCCGCGAGCUCGGCGGUGGAUACGUCCUCCACUGGAAGAUCCAUCCGGCGCGCAACAACAGCGCAACCAGCGCGGCCGGUCUGCGCGAGCUCGGCGGCGAUGUGGUGGAGUUUGCCAUGGUUGCGCCGACAACCGGGUGGAUCGGCCUUGGCAUCAACCCGAGCGAUGGCGGGAUGACUCAAGCCGACAUGUACGUCGGGACGGUGACCAGUGGUGGGCAGGUGAGGGUGGAAGACCGCUGGUCGUCCGGAUACACCAUGCCGGUGCUCGAUGAGACACUUGGCGGCGGAUCUGACGUGCUCGGCGCAGCCGGAAAGGAGGAAAACGGAGUGACGAUCAUCAAGUUUGUGCGGGCGCUGGAGGCGACAAGCGCCGGUGACAAGACCAUCUCUCGCGGAGCCAACACCUUUGCCUGGGCCUACGGCAGCAGCGAUGUCUUUGCCAAACACGAGCCCGGGGCCAACGGCGCGGCGGCGGUGGAUCUGGCGACGGGCAUGGUGACGAUUAUCGACGAAAGCGGGCGCAAGACGGCGCAUGGCGUGCUGAUGUUCGUGGCGUGGGGCGUGAUGGCCUCGUCGGCCGCCCUGCUCGCUCGCUAUGGCAAGGCCUUUGCCUGGUGGUUCCCCAUCCAUAUCGCCGCCAACGUCAUCGCCGUCCUCCUCACUCUUGUCGGCUUCUUCCUCGCCGUCGCUUUUACCAAGAACGACUUUGACUAUGCGCGCAAGUCGCGCGUAGCCUUUCUCCACGCCAUCUGCGGCCUUACCGUCUUCAUUGCCAUGUGGUGGCAGGCCGGCCUCGGCAUCCUCGCCGAUCGCCUCUUCGACAAGCUCCGCCUCCGUCCGCCGAUCUUCCCCGACGUUGUCCACUGGUGGACCGGGCGAUGCACCAUUGGCCUUGCCCUCUUCACCGUCCUGCUUGGCCUGGCCGUUUUUGAGGCCUCCGCCGCUGUCAUCAUCGUCUACCUUGUCUACCUCUUGGCCCUGGUUGUCAUCGCCUUUACCCUCGAUGCCGCCUUUGGCCGCAACAGCCGCAGUGAUCACCUCCCGCGCCCGGCCGUCGACGCAGAAACCUACACCGCUGGCAACAAGGUGGAGCCUUCGGACGAGCCCAAUAGCAGCGGCUCGCUCCGCGGCUCCAAGGCUGUUGCAUCGCCGUCGAUCGAGCUCCAGCCCAUCGAGUCGGACGAGAUCCUGCCUGCCCCGCCGAUCGCGGCGGCGGCGGCGGCACCGGGCUCCUCCUACUGA